UCAUAUUAUCCAAGACAUGUCUGUGAAGAAAAUCUAUUGCUUUUCUGAAGGAUUACCAGAGACACAAAGUACAAUUAGUUUAUUAUUUAUAGUACAAUAGCUGAAACCAAGAAGGUACUGAAGGCAUCACUUUAAAACCUAGAAUUAUUGAACUUCAGGUCAGUUUUUCCCCUGCAAUGUGGCUUUGCAACUCUUGUUUCAGAACUUGAAGAUGUAUUACACUGUUAAAAACCCAGGGUUUCAGUGUACAGACUUCAUGGGUUUAAGCGAAAUAAAUGACAAUUUCAGCUGAACCAGAAAAAAGAAAUGUUUCAAUACAAAAGUAUCUAUUUUUCUUUGCAUAAGUGAAUAUUCAUUAACGACAAACACUUCCUGUGUUCUCAGUCACAAAGCUCUGGUGGGCACAAACACCCAGGGAGAGAUGAGCAGCAAAGGACAAAUUGGUGACAUCCACUCUGGAGCUUUGGCCCUUUUCCCUCCAGCUCAAUCCUCCAAACCACAUUUGUGGCUCCUACCAUUUUUGGCCUAAAUAUGACCUUACUCCAGGAAGGGCAAGAAAAGGUGUUAAGAAACAGCUCAACCAGAGUUUCCUGAAAUAUGGGGUCAUUUCCACCUCUUGCUGUUAAGAGCCCAGUUAUUUUAUCCAUCUUUCCCAACCAGCUUUAACAACUGUCAGAGCCUGCAGACCACCAGAGUGCCCAAUAUGGCAACACCACCUGCCUGGAGCUGUAAUACUUUGCUCGAGACUGAUUGGCCAGACUUGGGCUUUCAAAAGCAGACUUGGGCUUUCAAAAGCACAUAAAUACCUCAGGCAGCAGCUGUUCAGUGUCUUUGACUGGAUCAAAGAACACGGGUGACACGGCCCCAAAAUGCCAGCCCUCAGUCUGGUCACUCUGGUCAGCUUGGUGUCCACUGUUUUCACCAAGCAGCUGGACGCCCACCCACCCCAACAGCAGCACCAGCACUGGGCACAGCUCUGCAGCGGGAACCCCACCAACCGCGUCCGCGGCUGCGACAGAUACGGCUGCGGGAAUUUCGGCGCUGACAGGCACAGUGGCAAAGAAAAGCAUGCGGGUGUGGAUGUCAUCUGCUCUGACGGAGCCACGGUGUACGCUCCCUUCAGCGGGCAGCUCUCGGGACCCAUCCGCUUCUUCCAUAAUGGAAAUGCCAUUGAUGAUGGGGUCCAAAUCAGGGGAUCAGGUUACUGUGUGAAGCUCGUCUGCAUUCACCCCAUCCGCUACCAUGGCCACAUCCGCAGAGGGGAACGACUGGGGAAAAUGCUGCCAAUGCAGAAAGUAUAUCCUGGCAUUAUUUCUCAUAUCCACGUUGAGAACUGCGACCACUCUGAUCCUACUCAUCUGCUUACACCUGAUGUCCCACCACUGCCACAACAGGACGGGCGCUGGGCUGCAGUGUGUUCUGGGAACCCUACCAAUGAGAUAAGAGGCUGUGAUAAGUAUGGCUGUGGAUACUAUGGAGCCCCAAGACGCAAUGGCAAAGGGAAGCACCGGGCAGUGGAUGUCAUCUGUGCUGACGGGGCCACCGUGUACGCUCCCUUCUCUGGCCAGCUCUCUGGGCCCAUUAAAUUCUUCCACAAUGGAAAUGCCAUUGAUGAUGGAGUCCAAAUCAGGGGACCAGAGUUCUGUGUAAAACUACUCUGCAUCCAUCCCAUAAGAUACAGUGGUGCAAUUUCCAAGGGACAAGUCCUUGGGAGAAUGUUGCCAAUGCAAAGAGUAUUUCCUGGGAUCACGUCUCAUAUUCACAUUGAGAACUGCGACCACUCGGACCCUACAAGCAAUCUUGAAAGGGGGAAAGGGCAAAGAGAAUGAAAUGGAAACACCGUAAAUUUGAAAUAAAUCUAUCUCAGCAUCCAAAA